GCCGGAGAAGCUCGAUUUCGUGCAUUUUUGCAACCCAGUCACCCUUCAGCUCUCAUCUGAAAUCCUGGAGACCAGAAUCGCCUGGCUGCAGCAGGUUGGGGCGGAAGUGCUGGACGCGGGGAGGAGGCAGGGUCCCUGGAGAGGAAGUGCCUGGAGCCCCGGAAGUAGCUACUUAGGCAUCGGAGACCCAGGUGAUUGUGGGUGGUCGGUCACCUGCACUGGCACGAGAGAAUUAAUCAUGGUUCUGUGGGAAAUGGCAUAGCCUAAUAACCGGAGUCCUGCUUUGCUGAAGAAUUGCCUGGAACCUGAAAGGCCCUGUUGUCAAAAAUUAAGAUUGGAUUAAGAUGCUCUGGUUUCAACACAUGCAACUUGCUAGAUACUCCUUUGGACUCCUCUUGAGAAAUCUCUCUACCUCUAACACUGCUCUGCCUGUGCUGACCUUAUUCACAAAGGAUCCAUGCCCUCUUUGUGAUGAAGCCAAAGAAGCACUGGAGCCUUAUAAAAAUAGGUUUAUUUUACAGGAGGUAGACAUCACACUUCCAGAAAACUCCACUUGGUAUGAAAGGUAUAAAUUUGACAUCCCUGUCUUUCAUUUGAAUGGCCAGUUUCUGAUGAUGCAUCAUGUGAACAUCUCAAAACUUGAAAAACAGCUCCAGCAACUUGAGAAGCAAACUGCUAGAAGUUGACAGACAUCAGCAUGAUUUCCUAUCCUCUCUGUCCAGAAAGCAGCUCCCUGAAGAAAUGACCGUGGCCUCCUACUAUUUAGUCACUUCCAUACAGACCUACAGAUAAACUUAGUGGUAGCAAAUAAAUGCUGACAUUCCUUUUCUGAUUAAUGGAAGCACCAACUAAUGAGGGAACCAUUCACCUGUCAGCAUUUUAUUAAAUAAAGAGGAAAGUAUACUCAAA